AUGGAGAAGGAAGCCAGCCAACUCGAGAGGGACCAUGUUCAUAGUGUAUAUGAGAAAAUUGCUCCUUACUUCAAUGACGCACGCUACAAAGCAUGGCCGAAGGUGCAGCAGUUCAUUUCAGAGCAGGAACCAGGCAGUCUGAUUGCUGAUAUUGGCUGUGGAAAUGGCAAAUACCUUCACAUCAAUUCUCAAGUCUAUAAACUGGGUUGUGACUACUGUUUCCCGUUGGUGGAAUCAGCACGAAAUGAAGGCCAUGAAGUAAUGGCAUGCCAUGGCUUGUAUCUGCCUUAUCGAAGUGAGUGCUUUGAUGCUGUCCUGUCCAUUGCUGUGAUUCACCAUUUUUCAACAGAAGAGAGGCGCAUGCGAGCAAUAAAAGAGAUGGCUCGCAUCUUGAGAGUAGGAGGCCAGAUAAUGAUAUAUGUGUGGGCAAUGGAGCAAAAACGGAGAAGAUUUGAAAAGCAAGACGUCUUUGUUCCUUGGAAUCCUUCACCCCCUUCCCGCUCCUCGGGUGAGCCUUGCUCAUGUGGAGUACAAAAAUCAAUUCUUCACAAGGACAAAGAGCUGGCUUUGAACCAGCCCGGUCGUAAGUCAGAUGGGACUUCAGAGAGAAGACAGCAGACGGGUCCUGGUGGGGCAUGCUUGAGGUACUACCACGUUUUUAAAGAAGGGGAGUUGGCUGAGCUGAUAGAGCGUCACAUUCCUGAGCUACAUGUUACUCACUCAUACUUUGACCAUGCCAAUUGGUGUGUGAUCGCAAAGAAGACUGAAGUGUGGAAGAUAUAG